GUAGAGAGAGCACACACACACAUCCAAACACACACACUUUCACACUAUCACUGUGGACAGAGUAGAAGAGCACACAAAGGAAGAGCCAGAGAGGAAGUGGAGAGACCAUGUCAGGGCUUACAGGGACAGACCUCGGACUACACCACGCAUCACACACACCGUCGGGACCAGAGCAACAGCAUUAUUAGGACAAGGGGACACUGUGAGGACAGGGUCAUGGUUAUGGUUUAUGAGGACAGGGUCGUGGUUUAGGAGGUCACUGAGACUGGAGAAUGUCUAAUGUGAUUAACAGUUAGUUGACCAGGUGUGUGAAGUUUAAAGGACUCAUGGCAGCACCAACUACACAGCCACAGGAGCCUAUGAAGUCUCAGCAGAAGUGCAUAGCCAUCUUUGCUCUGCUGUGCUGCUUCGCUGUGCUGGUGGCUCUCACCUUCUCCGCGGUAGACGUCUGGGGGGAGGACGAGGACGGAAUCACAGAAGAGAACUGUAACAGACACUGUCGCAUUGUCCUUGUGGAGAACAUUCCAGAGGACCUCCCCCUUUCCGUAGAUGGUACAACCCACGUUCCCCUCUCCACAGGCCUCAACAGCCUGUUGGACCAGGCCAAGCACUCAGUGGAGGUGGUAUCUCCUGUCUGGAACCUCAACUCAUGGGACCAAGAGACAUGGCCCAACUCUGACACACAGGGCCAGCUUCUGUUCCAGAGACUGCUCAACCUCAAGACUCGGGAGGUUAAAUUGAAGAUUGCCAGCAGUCUCACAGACUCUGCUGAACUGCAGAAACUAACAGAGCAUGGUGCAGAGGUUCGCUUUGUGAAUAUGUCAGCUCUGACCAGAGGCGGACUGCACUCCAAUUUCUGGGUUGUUGAUAGGAGGCAUGUGUUCAUUGGCAGUGCCAGCAUGGACUGGAGAUCACUGUCCAAGAGGAAGGAGUUGGGGGUGGUGGUUUAUAACUGCAGCUGUCUGGCUAUAGACCUCCAUAGGGUCUUCUCCUUUUACUGGCAGCUCCAGAACAGAGACUACAUCCCUUCUAUCUGGUCUAAGAGAGUCACGGCCCUCUACGGCAAGGACAGCCCCGUAACGCUGUACCUCAAUGAUACAGAGGUUACCGCUUAUGUGUCGACCUCUCCUGACCUCUUCUGUCCAAAGGAUCGGGCCAAGGACAUAGAUGUCAUACAGCAUGUGAUGCAGGAGGCCAAGUUGUUCAUCUACAUCUCUGUCACAGACUACCUUCCCCUACUCACCAGAAGGUCUGGAGGGCCUUUAGUUUCAAGAUACUGGUCUCCUAUCGAUGAGAUGAUACGUGAGGCUGUGGUCCUGCGAGGGGUCAAAGUUCGCAUGCUCAUCAGUUUCUGGAAGCAGACCCACCCGCUCACCUUCAACUUCAUUAUGUCCCUCAAGUCACUGUGCAUGGAGCUGGCCAACUGCUCCCUAGAAGUGAAGUUUUUUAGCAGGAGGGAGCAGAUGGCUAAUAGUCAACCAGGAAUCAACCACAAUAAGUACAUGGUGACCGACAGUGCUGUGUACAUAGGUAGUCACGACUGGGUGGGGAGUGAGUUUGUCUAUAACGCUGGGACCGGACUCGUCAUCAAACCAACACAAACUCUCAAGGAGAGGGGCGCCACAAUCCUGGAACAGGUGAAGGCUGUAUUCAAGAGAGACUGGCAUUCGCGCUACGCUAAAACCCUCCAGGCCAGUAACAGGACUCCAGAGGGUAGCAAAUACAGGAACCUCCACAACAACCAGAGGUCAAGAGUCUGACGGAUAACAAGGAGGGUAAAGAGACCUGGAAUGAGUCUAACGACCCCUGUUAAUAAACUACCAGCACAACUUUCCCUUUAACUUGUCAUGAAACAAGGGUGUAUUCACUAGGAGCUAAACAGACGCAAACAGUCCGAAAUGGGGUGGGACCAAGUUAAAAUUGUCCGAUAUGAAACUCCUAGUGUUUAGAGCGUUGGACUAGUAACCGGAAGGUUGCAAGUUCAAACCCCCAAGCUGACAAGAUACAAAUCUGUCAUUCUGCCCCUGAACAAGGCA